CGACAGUACUACUAGCCCAGUUGGACACAACCUUCCCCCUGCUAGUGUUCUGCAACAUGUGGUAGAUGUUCAUUGUCAUCCGACAAAUCGCCCAAUAUCUCCAGAACAAAUGCACGACCUAGCUAUCACUGUGUGCCCUAUGGCUACUAGGCCAUUUGAUCAGCCUCUCGUCCUCGAGCUCGCCAGGAAGUAUCCCGAUCAAGUCGUCCCAGGUUUUGGAUAUCAUCCGUGGUUCACCCAUUGGAUCUCUCUCUCAGGCACCCCUACGAAGGAGCAACAUUACAGGAAGCUAUUCUUACCCGAUCCUCCAAGUCAAGAUACCGUGGCGAUCUUCGAGCGGCUACUGCCUCUGCUGCCCGAUCCAAUACCACUGGAGGCCAUUCUCGCAGACGUCCGCCAGAACCUCCUUGCAGUUCCGAGGGCUAUGCUCGGCGAAGUGGGUUUUGACCGACAAGCCCGCAUACCCAUGCAAGUUCAUGUACGUCCCCGCGAGAUGACGCCAUUCAAGAUUCCCUUCGACCACCAGCUCGCUAUUCUCCGGGCCCAGCUUGACAUCGCUAUAGAACUUGGUCGUAAUGUUAGUAUGCACAGCGUUCAGGCUACCAAAGCGACAGUGGACCUGCUAGACAGCUUGGCCGAGAAGCACGGCGAUAAGUGGAGGCGAGUCAGCCUCGACCUGCACAGCUGUACUCUCAGUCCGGAAACAUGGAAGAAUAUUGAGAAACGUCAUCCAAAUGUGUUCUUAUCCAUAUCAACCGGUAUCAAUGUUCGUUGCCAAAACCUAAGUGCUCUCGUACAGGUGGCCUCUCCCGACCGGCUUCUUGUCGAAUCUGAUCAUAACAACAUUGACGGGUGUACUUCGCUCACAUGGGACAUAGUUCUUCUCUUAGCAGAGAUUAAGCAGUGGCCUGUAGAGACUGUAUGGAAAGAUGAUCCUCGUGAUGAUCAGCGGGGUGUCGUUCACCAACUACAAGCAAAUUGGAAACGUUUCCAAGAAGCGAAUUUUGGACCAGCCAAGAAGAAGCGCGCCGGUCGAAAGCCGAAACAGCCUAGGGAUUAGCUACUACGAGACAUUAUCUACAAUCACAAUUAGUGAUGUUGCAGACUGCAGCCACCGCUAUGAUUCGCGCC